AAGGGCCAUACACUAUAAAUGUUAGUUCUAAUAAUGGUUGUAAACUGUUUUACGGAUUUCUUUCCGUUCCUUGGUUUUGUUGUCCUAGAGGGGGUGUAGGUGGGGGGAAAAGGGAGUGGUUACUAUAGCAACCCGAAAUAAAUACUUCAUGUCGCUUUUUUUAGUCAAAAGAACGGCAAAACUAAUGAAAAGCAAGAUCAGAAAGCUUGGACGAGAUUGACAAAAUUCUCAAACCUCUUGCUUUUUUUAAGUGUUUUUUAAUAAAAAAAACGCCUAAACAAAUAGAAAAUGCUGUAAAUAGGAAUACAUUUCUUAUUCACUACAUGGAGCAGGAUAAUGAUACUAUUGCCGAUCAUGCCUAUUUAUACCUACAUCCUUUCGGGUGAAUAUAAACCUGUAUAAUGAACAUUUUUGUUACGGCCCUUGAAUAUCUGCAAUUCGGGAAAUGUCCCGCUAAACUUCGUGAUGCUAUAGAUGAUGGAAAAUAUCGUAGCAAAUGGAGUAUAACAAGACGAGCGAUGUGUUACAGUUAGAUCUGCUGAUAGCAUGUCUUUUAGGGGAAAAUUUUAUAGUUUUAUCCAUUUGUAGGUGCUUUUUGUAUGUUCAGCACGGGACACUUCCCACACAAUUGUUGAGUGUUGUAUUGAAAUAAAUAAAUAAGCGGAAUCCAUCAAAUGCAGGACAUAAAACAGUAAAAAUAAUGGUUUUGGUUUUUACCACGUUUUUUAGCUUCAAAACAUUUUUUUCGAUUAAAAGGUAGGGUUAGGGUUAAGGCCAGUGUUGUAAUUAGGUUUAGCAAUAGCGUUAGGUUUGGUUUGAGAAAGAGCUAAAAAAGAAAGCGUUGUUACUCAGAACAAUUGUUUCGCCUUUUCCACAUUUUGAGAUAUUCACACGUUUUGGCAAAAAAGUAAGAAAAACGUAUAUUACAUGACGCUGGAAGGCUGGAUACGAUAGAAUAUCAAAGUCCGUUGAAAUGGCAUUGAAUAAGGGAGCGAUGUAUUACCAGCAGCGGAUCUAGAGUGAGGUUCCCCUCCUCUCUGGGAUACAAAGGGAAAGUGUAUGUAUUACCAGCAGCGGAUCUAGAGUGAGGUUCCCCUCCUAAACGCCUUAGCUAGGAGUUAGGAAGUUGUGUCUUUGGUAGUCAGAAAGUCAAGAGUAAUGACCCCCUCGUAUUCUUUUCUGUAAAACGUGGGGGCUUUCAAUACCGUACACGAUACUGAGAAUGAUGAGCUAGUAGGCCCAAUGAGCCACAAGGACGCCGUUCUACUUAUAACUUCAGCCCAGGUAAAAUCGAGAAAGCCCUCGCAGGAGGAAGCCGACCCCGACUACAUUCCUAGGAAAGACGAAGAAGGAGCGCAGCAACAAGAAAAUGAGACCGAGGCAGACGACGAGGAGGAAAAGUUUUGCAGAAAAAACAAAGCCAAGAACUGGUCUAAGCUUGGGAAUAGCAAAGAUCGAGUUGAAGCACAACUUUCAGCAUUCUGGAAGCAUCUACUGAGGCCGGAGGGUGGCAUGAAAAAACCCGCUACAAUUGCCGCUGAGGUCACAAGCAAAAUUUACUGGCUCAUGAUCGAACUAAGCAACUAAUCGGGAAAACGUGUAGACUUCGAGCUCUUCCGUGACCACUGCUUUAUCUGGGACAAUUUUGUUAUGACCACAAACCCAGCAAGUAUUGCUCCAAGAUUUAAGAAGCGCACUGUAUAUAAUUACAUCUUAGCACUGGAGGAUUUCUUGCAUUUUGUUUUGAAUUGCCAAAGCGAAAUGAUAUUGCCUUAUGAUGUCGAGAAAGACCUCGAAAAGACAUUAGCAGCUAUGUCAGGCUGAAAAACCUAUCUUAAGCCGGUAUUGAGACAAGAGAGAUCCGACAAGCAGGUAGAAAAAUAGCACAACCAGCUGACACUAAAGGAGGUACAGGACAUGAAUAACUCUGGCGCUCUUAAAGAAGACAGAGAGUUCCUAUCAAACGCUACUACUAAAGGCAGCUACUCUCUUAGAGAACACAAUCAAGUAAGGGAUUACCUGAUUUUUAUGGUGGUACACUCCAAUGCCCAACGUUCUGGUGUCGGGGAAGGGCUGCAAGUCUCUGAGUUUGAGAAGGCGGAGUGGAGAGAAGAACGCUUCGUAGUUCUCGUAAAAAAUCACAAGACCGGUGCCGAUGGUCCAGCACCUGUGGUCCUAACCACAGAGACCCACGACCUAAUGAAGAGAUAUCUAGAAGGUGUUUCGAACUAUCGCGGCGGCGGAGAACCCUGGGAAGGACGAUAGGGCGUUCUUUUUGACAAGGGCAGGGACUUCAAUUCAGUCAAGCCGAAUUUCCUCAAUCUUUGCAUAUCAGGGGAGAAAAUAUGGGCGAGUUGAGAAGGGACGGCUUUUCCCCACCAAGUUUCGGCAGGUUGCGGCGUCAUCUUUUCGCAAUGAGUCUGAUGAGAGCCGCACAGACCUUUGUAAUCUGAUGACGCACAAGAUCCAGACCCAAAAGCAAUACUAUGUUUUGGAGGAAAAGAUUGAGCGAUCUGUAAGUGCUCAGAAGAGCCUCGCAGAGCGAUUCCAAUGCUCUAAUAAGCCAUCAAGCGAACUUUCAGAUGCUGCGUCUUCACAGAGCAACCGUCCAACUGGCCGUCCUACCAUACUUGACGACCAGCAAGAGGCUGAGCUUCUAACAUUGUUUGAGAGAGAGAUCAAGAACAAGCUGGUAAUCAACAAGGACCUGGUAGGCGAACGAGUACAGACAAGCAAAACACUGCAGGGCCUAGACAUCAAAAAGAUUUUCAACCGCAUUCGCUAUCUGUCCUCUCUUGAGCCAAAUCCAGAGCUCCCAACAGCUUCUUCAGACGAGGACAGAACCGCUAAGUGGGUGGAUGACAAUUCCUCCCACAUAAUCCCACCGACUGCUCAAGGGGAGCUCCAUGGGUACGCGGAAGUAUUGGUCAACUGA